AAUAUCUUCAAAAUGACUCUAAGUUUUUUAAAUUUCACUCAGCCAAUCCCGAGAUAUUAAUUCCGGAAUGCUGAGCUUCGGCUUGUCAUGCGCCGACAUCUUGAAAUCAAGAGGCGGGAGUCAUUCGGGCGCAUGCGCUGUGUCGGUCUUUGUAUCCGAGUCUUUGGACGGUUUGGAGAGUGUCCGAUGGAAACUCCAGAAUAUUUUUCAGUGCGACUCGUUCCACCGUGGAAGGAGGGUCGAUUUGUUCCAUAACGCCGGGACUCUAACCUCACAGUUCCGGUGGUGUUUAUAUUCAUUUUAAUUCAGUUAAUUUCCGUCACAAAUCAACAAAUUUCGCGUGUUCAUUGUCUCCAUUAUUUAUCACUGUUGACGAUACAACAUUGUGCAUGGGUGCCAGUGCUGUUGUGAACGAAAUACAGUUUCCAAUUAUUUUUAUUGAUUAAAUAAAUAAUUAAUCAUGAGUGCAAUAACGUUUUUGUGGGUGUCCAUUGGAUUUUUUUGGCUCGCCAACACUGGAGCCGAGGGGAGAAUCAACUGUGACGCUGUGAGGCCCUAUUUCGAGGCACAGGGAUUUCCACCAAGUGACAUACCCAAGGAUCCAAUAUCAUCCAAGGAAUUGAGAUCAUGCGGUGGCAUAAGUAGCGGCGGAGAGGUAUGCUGUUCAGCUGAUAUGGAGCUGAGACUUCAAGCUCGUGCACGAGACAGACAUGAAAAAGCAACGAGAUCAACACUACAGAGACUUCAACAACUUCUCGUAACAAGGGGCACGAGAUUUCAUAGUUUCUUCAAGGAGUUGUUGGCAGCCUCGAAGAAGGGCUUCCACGAGAUGUUCAAGAAGACAUACGGUAUCCUGUACGAACAAAACUCCUACGUAUUCACUGAUUUGUUCAAAGAACUGGAGAAUUACUACACCAAGGGAACUGUCAACUUGGACGAGGCGAUGGACAACUUCUUCAACACUCUCUAUCAGAAGAUGUUCACUGUACUCAAUAGUCAAUACAAGUUCGAUGAUAAGUAUCUGGAGUGCGUUGGCAAUCACAUGAAAGAGAUGCGGCCAUUUGGCGAUGUGCCCCAGAAACUCGGGGUCCAGAUUAAGCGAUCGUUCAUAGCAACAAGAGCUUUCAGUCAAGCGUUGACAGUCGCUGCUGAUGUACUCAAGAACAUGCAGACGCUCAAGGCAUCACCGGAGUGUGCAGCCGCUCUCACUAGAAUGACAGCCUGUCCAUCGUGCAGCGGAAUACCCGGGAAUGUACUGGCGUGCGGUGACAUGUGUGCCAACGUCAUGAAGGGAUGUCUUGCUGAACAUGCUGCACUCGACGCUGAAUGGAAUCAUUUUGUCGAAGCCGUUGGUAAAGUAGCCGAGAGGCUACUGGGACCGUUUAACAUCGAGAUGCUGGUGCGGCCGAUAAACCUCAAAAUCUCCGAAGCCAUAAUGAAUUUCCAGGAGAACAGCCAGGACGUGUCCCAGCGUGUUUUCAGUGGCUGUGGCCGGCCAGUUUUGGGUAGAAAACGAAGAAGAAGGCAUGUGAGUCGACGCGAUGUCGAUACGGAGUCGUCGAAUUUUGAUCAGGAAGUUAUCGAUGACGAUGACAGAUCGUCGACAGCUGUUAUGUUAGAUAAACUCGUUAAGGAAAUUAAACAGAGGGUCAGGGACUCCAAGCAAUUCUGGAUUUAUCUGCCUUAUCAACUUUGCAACGAGGGAUUGGUGGUACCUCCUAGCAAUACUAAGGAGUGCUGGAAUGGUACUCAUGUUGACAAAUACCUCUACCCAGUGUCAUCAGACGGUGCGACGCAAACUUUAAAUCCAGAGGUGCGGAGCAGUGGCCCCAGGCCCGCAAUAGUUAAGGAUCAAGUAUCAGCACUUACGACAAUUACGACUAGACUGCGAUCGGCUUUCAAUGGACAGGAUGUUGAUUGGGCGGAUACAGAAGAGACAUUUUAUGGCUCUGGAAGUGGCUCCGGAGACGGUCAAGACGAGGAAGAUCCAAUCACAGACGACGAGGAUGGUUUCCGUGAGGAGUCCUCUGGCUACGAACCACCUCCACCAGCACCAGAGAUCCCCAAGGUCAUCCAGCCUGUUUUACCACCAGAAGUACCCCCUCACGUUGAUAUAACACCGAAGAUUCCCACAAUAAUCGAUCCAAAAACCAACAUCAUCACACCAGCAAACAACAAAACGACAAAUCCUGUUGAAAAUGGUGCGACGAGACAGCACAUACCCCUCACCCGUGCUCUAACGUCGUAUCUAUUCCCAAUAGUUGUUAUGUGGUUCGGUGGAUGUCUCACCGAGUGGCUGUGAUCAUAAAAAAAUCCUCCGAGUGACUAUUGUACAUAAAAUGAUUUUUUUUCUCUUGAAAAAUACGAGAAUAAUCAGGGACUCGUUCUGGUGAAUUUCUCGUGGAGUAAAAGUGUCUCGGGAACAUGACUAUUCAGUGAUUAAUGAACAUGUUCGCCGACGAUCUCAGAUUGUGAAGAAGAUGGAACGAUGACCGAUGUGCCAUUUUUUUCAUUUUUAUUGUCUUGAAGAUUGUGUUUUUGGGAAUUGGACGAGAGGGGGAGGGGGAUUAAUGUGAGAAAGUGUGACUUACUCAGUCUUGACAUAUUUGUCGAGGUAUUUGCAAUGCCUCGAGGGGAAUUGCUGGGAAGACUAGAGCUGGGGAUAUUUUAUUCGGAAUUGUCAGUGAAUUUUUCUAUUUUUGGUAGAUGAAAAACCUCGAAAUGUUUAUUUUUUUUAUUGAAAUUGAGUGUGAUUUUUCAUGUUCAUUUUGUUUCAAUGAAAUAGUUGGAUUAUCUCGAAGAUAAUAAGACAUAAAGAUGAAUUUUUCACCGAACAUAAUCUCAAAGUCUCGAAAUCCUGAAACGAACGAAGAAACUGCCGUCAACUGUUCAUUUGUACGGACUGAAAACUUAGAUAACAAUAGCAAUGUGUCAAAUAGGACAUCAUCAUGAUCAUGAACCCAAGGAAAUGGUGAUUCCAGUCCUUAAAAUAAUCCCCAGCUCUGGGGGUUGCGUGAAAAACGAGCUGAGUAUACGAGAAAAUGAAUUACAGGACUGAAUAUUUAUUAGAAUUGCUUUCUUUCGUUUGGAUCAUGUCUUCGCUGUUGUUCCUCAAUCCUCUCCCUCGGUCCACGAUCACCAGGAUCUAAUGUCUCGAGGGAGAAGUGUUCGUUCGAUGUCGAUGGGCUCCCAUCACCUCUUAACUCUUCAUUCUUUUUUAACUUUCUACUGUAUUGUAAAGUGUAAAUAAUUCAAAGGGAGAUUAAUGGAAAUGUCUGUCAGGAUGCCUCAUCCAUCGGGGAAUGACGAGGCUUUCCGUUAUUCUCCCGAGUCUUAUAGUAAGUUUAUCGGUGUCUUAAGGAAGUCCAGGGAAAUAAUGUGAGAAGGGAAAUCACGUGAAGGGGAUUUUUUCAUAAAAAAACGUGUUUCGUUAGAAACACUCAGGCCCUCAUUAAUUAAUCAGUCAUUCCACCUUAACGAACUCAUAAGUUCUAUCAAUCAAUUUAUUGCUGAUCUCAAAACUUUUUCCAAUUCCAUCGAAUGUCCAUUAACUGACGAGACACGUUUUUAAAAAAAAAAUCUUCAUCACCUGUUCUGUGGGGAAUGAUUUAAUGUUGAGUGAAUAAAAAUUUAAUUAAUGAUGAAUGAACAAUACAAAAUAACAGGCUCCUGUGAUAAAAUCAAAUUAAUGAACAAAAAUUAAUGGGAAAAUUCGAAGGCUGCUGCGGGCUCGAGGCAUCCGCAUGACAUGAAUUUUAUUGGUGUUUGUUCGUAAAUUCUGUAGGGAAAGGGGGGGUAAGGGGUAAAGUUUAAAAAAUACCCACUUGAAUGAUGAGGAAAUGUGACAAAUGUAAUAGAGAUCACACGCAAAUCUAGUGAAAUAUUCAAUUGAAUAACUAAUACGAUUAAGUUAAUUAUUUGUCCAUAUGUAUACAUAUAGUACAUAUGUAUUCAAAGGAUAUAACAGUUCAUUAUAAGCAGAAUUAAUAGAAUUUUCCCUUUGUUUUUCAUAAAUCGAUAAUCGUAAUGUAAACGAGUGAAAUGUCCUUUUGAAAAUGACAGGGAACAGGGUUUUUCGUAAAUUUGUAUAAAAAAUUUUACAAUUAUUCGGUUAUAGUGAACUUUGUGCUUUUUUUUUCAAUUAAAAAAUUGUAUGAAGAACAUUAAAACACAAACAAUCGUACGAAAACAAUAAUUUAUAAAGGUAAAUGUUAGAAUGAAUUUGUGGCAAUGGAUGAUGGAGAAAAUAAUGUGAAGAGAACGGUGUUGAGAUUUGUGUGGAGUAAUUUAUUUCUAUUCGACGAAACUAUUUGUAUGAAAUUUAUAUAGAUUUAAAGACAGAUAUAAAUUAAUUUAAUGAAGACUUAAUGUAAUAGGUGUUUCCUAACUUUGGAGAUAAAAAGUUUUACAUUCAUUUUAAUCAAA